AUGCUGUCGUCUUUGGUUUCUGCUUCUUUGCUACGCACUCGAUCUGUUGUGCAUUCAACUGCGUUUUUACGCUCAAGUCACCACAGUGCUUCUGCUACUUGUCUUUCUAUCGGAAUUCGUCGUGAAGGAAAGAACAGAUGGGAGCGACGAGUACCGCUGAUGCCUGAGCAAGUGUUGCAUCUGACUAAAGAUAUUGGUGCAAAAGUCUAUCUGCAACCUAGCACCAAGCGAGUUAUUUCUGAUGAUAAAUACAGAGAGGCUGGUGCCAUUGUUCAAGAUGAUCUAUCCAAAGCCGACAUCAUUCUUGGUGUCAAAGAGGUUCCCAUUGCCCAACUCAUUCCUAAAAAGACGUACAUUUACUUUUCCCAUACACACAAGGCUCAGAAAUACAACAUGCCGAUGCUCAGAAGCGUCCUUGAAAAAAAGAUCCGUUUGGUGGAUUAUGAACUCAUGACCAACGAACAAGGCGCUCGUCUUGUCCAAUUUAGUCGCUUCGCUGGCUAUGCUGGAAUGAUUGAUACUCUCUACGCUGUUGGUCAUCGUCUUCUUGGUCUUGGAUUCGGCACUCCAUUUUUGAGUAUGGGCAUGUCGUAUCAGUAUAGAUCUCUUGAAGAUGGUCGCAAGGACGUGGCUGAUACUGGCGCUGCCAUCAAAAAUCUGGGUCUUCCAAAGCAACUUGGACCCAUGGUGUUUGCCUUUAUUGGCGACGGAAAUGUUGUUCAAGGAGCUCUCCAUGUGUUUGAAAAGCUUCCACAUGAAUGGGUUUCUGCAAACGAUCUUGCCAAUCUUGCUACAUCCACAGAUUUUGAUACAAACAAGGUUUAUGCUUGCAAGAUUCUUCCAGAAGACUAUUUGGUUCGCAAGGAUGGUGGAAAGUUUGUGCGCAAAGAUUAUUUUGAGCACCCCGAUGACUUUAAAUCUAUAUUUCACGAAAAAAUUGCACCCCACGUUAGUGUCAUUGUCAAUGGAAUGUUUUGGACAGAGAAAUAUCCUCGACUGAUGACUAUCGAUCAAACUGAGCAGUUGGCUGUUGAAAAUAACUUGCGUCUACUUACUCUGGCCGAUAUUUCUUGUGACAUCAAUGGUCCAUUUGAAUUCAUGAGUGAAGCUUCCACCAUUGACGCUCCUACCUUUAUGUAUGAUCCAAUCAGCAAGUCCACCCAUCACAAUGCCGAGGGCCGUGGAAUCCAAAUCAUGUCCAUUGAUAAUCUUCCUACCGAGCUGCCUUUGGAAUCCAGUGAAUACUUUAGCAAGUCACUUAUCCCUUUUGUUUCGGAAUUGGCCAAAGGUAACACUGAGCACCCAGUAAUUCAGCGCGCUUCAAUUACUACUUUGAAUGGUGAUCUCGUUGAUCGUCACCAACAUCUUUUAAAUCAUCUUCCUGAACAUGGCCAUACUGGUUCUGUCAAAAUUUCUGGCACCAAGCGUGUUCUUUUACUUGGAUCUGGAUUUGUUGCUGGCCCACUUGUGGACUACUUAUUGCGUACUCCUGGAACACAUGUGACUAUUGCCAGCAAUUCCAAAAGCGAAGCUACAAGACUUGCCGAUGGUCGUAGUGCAACAACAGUUGUUCCACUGAAUGUUUCUGAUCAGACUGAGCUUUCUAGUUUAGUGGAUGCUCACGAUGUUGUUGUCAGUUUUGUUCCAGCCACCCUCCAUCCCAUUAUUGCUGAGCAGUGUUUGCGACACAAAAAACAUCUAGUCACUGCCAGCUAUAUCUCACCAGCCAUGAAAGCGUUUGACCAACGUGCAAAGGAUGCAGGUCUUGCAUUUGUCAAUGAAGUGGGUCUUGAUCCUGGAAUUGAUCAUCUUACUGCUUGCCAGCUUUUUAAUCAAGUGAAAUCUGCUGGUGGCCGGAUCACCUCGUUCGUGUCAUGGUGCGGUGGUCUUCCAGCCCCAGAAGCCUCCAACAAUCCUCUUGGCUACAAAUUCAGCUGGAGUCCAAAGGGAGUUCUUCUUGCAGGGCUUAAUUCAGCCAAAUUCAAGAUGGACGGCAAGGUGCACAACAUUCCUGGAUCAGAGUUGAUGAAGAAUGUUUUUAAUGUACCCAUUUUCAAGGGCUUUGCAUUUGAAGGAGUUGCCAAUCGCGACUCGCUGGUUUAUACUGAUUUAUACAAUCUGGGUGAUUUGGAAGAUCUAGACUCAAUGUUUAGAGGUACUUUGAGAUACAAGGGAUAUGCAGAGAUCAUGGGUGCGUUUAACCAGCUAGGACUUUUGGAUACAACCUUACGGCCUGAGCUUUCUACUGGUAUUUCCUGGGGAGAGUUACUGAAACAGUUGGUUGGAUCGAAUAUUGAAACUGAUCUGGCAAAAAAACUUGCACUCAAUCCAUCCAACCCAAUGGAGGCUGCCAAGCUUGAUCGUGUUGUUGCUGCACUAAAAUGGCUUGGAAUCACCUCGGAAACUCAAGGUGCAGAAAAGGGCGAUUCCAUUCUCGACAGCUUAUGUGCUCUUCUUCAGCGCAAGCUAGUUUAUACUCCAGGCGAACGUGAUAUGGUCGCCAUGCACCACGUAUUUGGUAUCCAGCACGGAAAUGGCAAAAAGGAAACUCGAACAUCUACCAUGAUUGCGUAUGGUGAAACCAAUGGGUACUCUGCCAUGGCCAAGACUGUUGGCUUGCCUGCUGCUAUUGCCACUGAAAUGAUUCUUGAUGGAUCGCUUAAACGCCGUGGCGUGAUUGCACCCAUGUCUUUAGACAUAUACGAGCCUAUGCUAAAGAAGCUUGAACGCGAAGGUGUGAGAUUCACAGAACAAACUUUGUAAUGUUAAAUGGGAUCCUGAGCCAAUGGAAAAUGCAUAUUGUUUUGGUUUAAAGUGAUAUCAAUACAUUCUUUUAGUUGAAACACAUUUUUUUUGGCCAUUACUAAACAUGACUCAAUUCACAACGUGAACAUACAUAAAAAUGAAGGUCUUGUAUUCGUAAAAAGAAUCUUUGAUCAAACUAUUCUAACAACUACUCGACAAACCAUACCGCCGCGUCACAGGACCUUAUGCUGACGAACAUACUCUUCAGUCUCGAUAAAUGACUCUAAAUCUCCAAUAUCCAAUCUUCCAGAAAUCCGAAAAGCAAAAGUUGGAUGCUGAUAAAUCAACCAUCCAAUGAACUUGCCACUCGCAUCAAUACGAUCCAACAGCGUCCCUUUUGUGAUGGCUUUCACAGUAUCUGAUUGGAAUACCUUGGCCGCAUCAUCAAAGAAAGUUGGAAGGAGAGCUAAAGCAGGCUGAGAGAGAAAAUACAAGCAAGGGCAAGCCAAUCUUGACUUGGUUUCGGACGGAUGAGGUUUUUCAAUAAACCCAGUCACUCGCAAGGAGUGUGAAGAGCCUUGAUCAACGCAUUCAGGUUUGACCACCUCAAGUAUACCUGUUUUGAGAGUUUCUGAUUCAUGGGCGACCGGAUAGCACAUUACCAUGGAAGCGGGUAAUCCGCGCAUUCCAGCUUGAACAAAGUCGUCAAAGUUGAAGUCAGCCAGUGGAAGAGUAUCUCCUGCAAUAACCACCAAAGGCUUUGAUCCCAACUGCAGUUUCUCGACAGCCAAAGCUAUAUCUUUCACUGCACCCAGUCGAGUUUCAUUGCUCACUGUACCAUCGUUGAUAAUAUGUGCAAGAGGCAGUCCUCGAUCCAAAGCCCAUUGAUGAAAUUGGGGAUAAAAGUGGUCAUUGCAUACGAUGUAGACGUUGGAUGGUGGCGGUCUAUUUUGUGCAUGGAGUGUUGCAUAGGGUAUAGAUGAUGAAUGCGACUGUAGUUUAUGUAUCCAGUGAUCGAGGACAGGAACGUUCGUGACUGGCAAGAGUGCUUUUGGAGUAUCUAACAAGUGGACAUACUGACUCGAUGGAAGAUGGUUUUGAAUAUCUCUUGCAAGCCUGGUUCCGUAUCCAGCUGCUAAAAACAGGAUAUUGAACGGAUAGUCUGUCAUUAAAAGUGCCCUUUAUACACUCGCAGUACUAUCG